CCUUAGAGCUGAUGUCAUUUCAGUCCUGGUCCAAUGAGGAAAGCGAAGUGCAGCCUCUUUUGUGUGGCCUGGGACUAUAAGUGGAGCUGUAGGGCAGCACUGGAGGGGCUGAGCCUAUAAGCACUGCAUCUCUGCCCUGGGAGAAGUUAAUUCAUUGCUGCUUCUGCUGCCACUGCUAUCAUCAUCAUGACUCUCCAGGCUGAUUUCGACAGUGCUGCAGAAGAUGUAAAAAAAAUAAAAACAAGGCCAAGCGAUGAUGAGCUGAAGGAACUAUAUGGACUCUACAAGCAGUCUACUGUUGGAGACAUUGAUACUGAGUGUCCAGGAAUGCUAGAUCUGAAAGCCAAAGCCAAAUGGGAAGCAUGGAACGUUAAAAAAGGUUUAUCAAAGGAGGACGCCAUGACUGCCUAUAUUUCUAAAGCAAGAGAGAUGAUAGAAAAAUAUGGGAUCUAAAAUACGCCACAAUAAUUGCCAUAAUUCAUUAUCUUUUCAGUAGCUAAUGAACUAACUCUUUUGAGGAAAAAAAUGCAAUACUAACAUUUUCGUGUUUAGUUUGACACUAAGAUUUACCAACAUGAGCUACUCACCUACAAGGUAGCAUUUACACAUAUACUGUACUACUUAAGACACUAACUGUACUUAUUUUAGAAACAUUUUUACCUACAAGAUUUAUUUAGGGUUUUAAACACUCUUCUUUUUCCCUUUUUUUGAGGAGGCAGAAAGAUCACAUUCCUCCUGAAGACAAAACUACUUACCUGUCUUUUUCUCCAAAAGAUGUAAUGGGAUACAGGGAGGGGGAUUGAAAAAGAAAGAAAAAGAAGAGUCGUUUUUACGAUAGUUGAGUCAGGCUAAUGAGGUCUCAAAGAGUGCCGAUUUAAAGGAAACAUUAGUUACUUCUUGGAUCCAAUAAUGGAUAAAUGAACUUGCACAAAUAUAUCUCCCUUCUGUUACAGUCAUAGAAAUGCUGGUGUAGAAAAACUACAUUUUAAAGGGAAAUAACUUUGGGUCUCUCCCACUCCGACAGAGCUUAUUCUUGCUUAGUUGCUUUAUUGGGCCAGAUUAAGCUAUGGUAAAGGCAGAGGGAAGCCACUGAAGCCCGACAUACUACCUUUGCAAUGCUUUUAGCCUACCAUCCUCCCACCAGCCCCAAACUCUAACCACCACAGGGAAGCAAAUUAAUGUACUGGCUGUUUAUUUUUAAGAAUCAGAAUUUUCCUAAGUAUCGUCAUAAAUUAUAUCCUGGAAAAACCUUUGGCUGUAGGAUGCACCUGUAUUAAUACAUCAACUGUUAGCCCUGUUGCUACAGAAAGUUGCUGACCUUGUCACUGUGGUAGUUGUAAAGUUGUAUAGAAAAUGUUUUGUAUUAUUUACUGCUUUGGACUAAUCUUUGAUCAGCAGUUUCUAUACAUUUUCUCAUAUGGUCUGUCAUGAAAAUUUCAUUAGCAGGGUCCAGCAGAUAAAAGUGUCCUCCAGGAAGCAUGUGAACAGUGGUAUCUCCACUUGUUACAUCUUUCCAUGCUGAAAGAGAAUUAAAUAUGUAAAGCAUGAGAGAAA